GCUCGCCUUCUGUUGAAACCCGCACGCCUCGGAGUGCAUUCACUCGCGAAGUACUCUCUCAAGUAAAUAAGUUUUCCAUACGACACGCAGCCUAUUUAGUGUAUUAAAAAAAUAUCAGCCAAAGUUACUAAAGUGAAAGAAAUAUUAUAAACAACUAUUGAAGCAAAUUGGCAUGCUUGUGAACCAGUUUUGGAAUAAUAAGAAAACGGUGUAAAGGUUAAAUUUCAUCAUAAUGGACGCAACCAUGGAAAACAAAAUGGGUUUGCCGCCACCGUACGAACAAAUGCCACCUAACCCAGCCCCGCCACCAUCCUACUUCGCCACGGCACCGCCACCGCCAGCCACGGUCACCGUAGCGCCGCGCACUGUCGUAGUCACACCCAACACAGAAACGAACCCGACGUCAAUAAAACUGGGCCCUGGGCGCACGGGCAUCAUGUGCCCAAACUGCCACCAGUCCAUAGUAACUAGAGUACAUUACGUAGCGAACAAUCGGACACACAUCGUUUCUGCCGGACUUUGUAUAAUUGCUGGAUGCUGCUGUGGUUGCUUCAUCCCAUACUGCAUGAAGUCCUGCAAGACUGCAAAUCACUAUUGCCCAAAAUGUAGAGCCUUCGUCGGCUCGCAUGUACCUUCGUGAUUUGGAGGUUAAUUGUGUACCAUUUUGUCACAAAUAAGAUACUGAACAGCUACGACCUACGACCUAUUAGGUACCUACCACACGGUUAAUUUAUAUAAACCUAACUACGAGUAAUGGAAAGUUAGCGGAGAAUUAGAAAAUCAUAGACGUUAAUCGAAAAAAAUACAUUAUAUUUUCAGAAUCUCUAUGUAAAUUAUUUUAUUUUUGAUUGAUUUGAUUGUUUUAUUCAUUGAGUUGGUACUAUGAAACAUUUUUACAAUUGAUUCUAUUGAAUUUUCCCGGGUCCAGGACUUAUAAUUUGGAGAAUGAUGACUCGUUAAUAACCAUUUUUUUUUAAAGAAUAGAUAUAUUUUUUAUAAUAUGACCAAUAUUCCCAUUCCCCUCCAACUAGUCGGUAACGACUGUUCUAGGAGUGGGUACGACAAUAGACCAACGGGGUGAGGAUUGAACCACCACCCCUCGGUGAUGAGUCCAACCGCUCUUACCGUUGAGCUAUUGAGGCUAUAAAUUAUAAAACCAGUCUCGAAUUUUAUAAAAAAAUAGUAAGAAAUAUGCUAGAAAUUAAAUUAAAAAUAUCUUCAUCCUUCAUCAUAAUGUUUAUUUUAUAUUAAAUUGUAUGCAUAACUUGCUCGUAUGCAGGCUGUAAAAGAGUUGUACUUAUAAAACUAGGUGUUGAUAACACCUAAUUGUAAGUGCCUUACCUUACGUAAUUACUUCCUUUGUAGAUACGUAUAGGUUUUUAUUACAAUAACGUAUAGUACAUAUAAGUAUUUUUAUUUUAGUUGUAUUAUGUGACCAUAAUAUAUUAUAUUGUUGGUCUCAUUAAAAACCUUAGUCAUUCAGCUAUGCUCGGACAAUGUUAAAAUUAGGAAGUCCGUCUAAAAGCCAAAGUUACCGUCUACCGAGACAGCACAGGCAAUAGACGAGCUGCUAAUCCCGAUAAUCUAUUUUGCAGUUUUUAAUGUUUUUUUCUCCAGGAAGCACCAGAUUAAGUGAGAUUGUGUAUUAAAUUUAAAACUUUCAAUGUAAUGAUGAUGAAAACCUACUUAUUUAAAUUUUAUCUAUUAAUUAUUUCAUAUAAUUGACUUUUUACAUAACUGUCACGUUGAUCCGGUGGUAAACCUAUGUGGUUUCGGAUCACGAGGUUCUAAGUUUGAGUCUUGUGUCGGGCUCAGCACGGAAUUGGGAAGUUGAUAGGCUUACUUACGUGCCGCGGGAAGCACGUUAGGCCGUCGGUCAUUAUCAUUAACGUCUGAUAGUGAUCGUUAAAAAAAUUAACAUUAUCAAAAGCUCGCAAACACGUAUUGUAGCAGCGUGGUGGGUUCCAACUUCAUGUCUCCCUAUACAGAGAAUAGCCUUUAAUAUAGGCUGAUGAUGAUGAUUUUUUAUAUUUUUUGAACGAAGAAUUUGUUAAAGAGGGAUAAGGUUUGAUAAGUAAAUAUUUCGCCAACCAAAUCAAUAAUUAUAUUGAUUUUAUUUGCCACUUUAGAAUAAGUAUAACCUAUAAAUCUAUGAAAUGUUGUAAACGUAAAAUAUGUAUUGUAAAUCUUGAUAGUUAAAUGCAAAUAUUAGUGAAUUCUAUACAAUUAUUUAAAACAGUAAACUGUUGAACUUACACAAAGAAAUACGUCUAAUUGUACUAAGACUACUAUAUCUAUUAAAUUAUGUAAAUACAAGUUUUCUGUGAUAUAUUUUGUAUCUUAUAUAAUACUUUAAUACUAUUUUAUUAAAAAAACGACUAUUGACAA